CGCGUGCGGCUGCAUCUGUCACCCCGCGCAUGCGCAGUAGUGGCUGGACGCGGCCCGGGAUGUCCGGCCGGGUGAAGCGGGAGCGGGAGUCCCGGCCGUCCCCGCGGAGCUCGGCCUCGGGCCGGGUGAAGCGGGAGCCGGCGGGGUCGCGCGGCUCCUCCCGAGGGAAGCGCGAGGCGGAGCCCGAGCGGGUCCGGGUGAAGCGCGAGCCCGAGGACGGGCCGCCCCGGGCCAAGCGGGAGCGCGAGGCCGAGGAGGAGUCGGAGCCGGAGCCGACAGUGAGAUAUGGCCGAUUUGAUCCCGAGGACCGGCGCAGCAGACACUGCCCAUACCUGGACACUAUUAACAGGAGUGUUCUGGAUUUUGACUUUGAGAAGCUGUGCUCCAUCUCACUCUCGCAUAUAAACGUCUAUGCUUGCCUGGUGUGUGGGAAGUACUUCCAGGGCCGUGGGUUGAAGUCUCAUGCUUACAUUCACAGCGUACAGUUCAGCCAUCACGUCUUUCUGAACCUCCACACCCUCAAGUUCUACUGUCUGCCAGACAACUACGAGAUCAUUGACUCCUCGCUGGAGGACAUCACUUAUGUGUUGAAGCCCACUUUCACCAAGCAGCAAAUCGCCAAUUUGGACAAACAAGCCAAACUUUCGCGGGCAUAUGAUGGCACCACUUACCUGCCUGGCAUUGUGGGACUGAACAACAUCAAGGCCAAUGACUAUGCCAAUGCAGUACUCCAGGCCCUGUCUAACGUCCCACCUCUGCGGAACUACUUCCUGGAGGAGGAGAACUACAAGAACAUCAAGCGCCCACCGGGGGACAUCAUGUUCCUGCUCGUUCAGAGGUUUGGAGAGUUGAUGAGGAAGUUGUGGAACCCCCGAAAUUUCAAGGCUCACGUCUCUCCCCAUGAAAUGCUGCAGGCCGUGGUCCUGUGCAGUAAGAAGACCUUCCAGAUUACCAAGCAAGGUGAUGGCGUUGACUUCCUCUCCUGGUUUCUAAAUGCCUUGCACUCUGCUCUUGGCGGGACAAAGAAGAAGAAAAAGACCAUUGUGACCGACGUGUUCCAAGGCUCCAUGCGGAUCUUUACCAAAAAGCUUCCACACCCUGACCUGCCAGCAGAGGAGAAGGAGCAGCUGCUGCAAAAUGAUGAGUACCAGGAGACAAUGGUGGAAUCCACCUUUAUGUACCUGACCCUCGACCUCCCCACUGCCCCGCUGUACAAGGACGAGAAGGAGCAGCUGAUCAUCCCCCAGGUGCCGCUCUUCAACAUCCUGGCCAAGUUCAACGGCAUCACUGAGAAGGAGUAUAAAACCUACAAGGAGAAUUUCCUCAAGCGCUUCCAGCUGACCAAGCUGCCUCCCUACCUCAUCUUCUGCAUCAAGCGGUUCACCAAGAACAACUUCUUUGUGGAGAAGAACCCCACCAUCGUCAACUUCCCCAUCACAUCUGGAAGAGGCGGGAUGAGGAUGAGACCAACCAGCAGGGGGCAUGAGAGGAGAGCAGAGUGCUACAGAUGUUUACUACCAUCCUCUCCAGGGAACCGGGGGAGAGACUGGGACGCUGCCCCCCCCCCCAGCUGGACGGCGCUUCUCAUCCCCGGCCUAGCACAAUGCACAAUACGUGUCAGCAGGACUCAGCCCGAUCAGCUUCUCCACCAGCCUCCGAGGGGACAGUGGGAUGGAUCACCCGGUGCCCUUCUGCUGCUCAGCUGGUCUCUGGCUGCACACAGGCCCCGGCAAACCUCGGCCUGUGCCCGUGGCAGAGGAAGCCGAUCCCGCCUGUCGCAGACAGCUGUCUGUCUGGAAAACUCUCUUCAGGGAACCCAGGCUGUUCCCCUCAUUUCAUGUCCCACUGACGUCCCCAUUCCAGCUGUACUGCCGCUGGCUGGUUGCUGGAGCAGACCAUGCCCUGGGCACAGUGACUAGCGAGGCUUGGAGCAGGAACAGCCUCUCUUCUACUUGCCAGUCCUGCUUCCUUAUGUUCAUUAAAGGAGUUCAGGCCUGUUUUUUA